CCGGCCGACUGCCCGCGGGGCUGCCUUUCCGCGGCCCCCACCCCUCUCCCUCCUUGGGGUGCGCCGCGUCUCCCCACCCGCGCUCGGCUGCUCCCAGGCUCGCCCUCCUCCCCACGCCCCCUGCCUGGGCUUCAGUUCCUAUAGGAAGGGCAUUACCAUCCCAUCCCCACCCACCCGACACUUGGCUCUUUCCCCUCCCCCUCCCGUAACUUCCUCUUCUUCCCCGGUUGGGCCCUCGGCUCCUCUGCACUCUCCUCGCCAGUUCGCAGAUUUCCGCCCACCUUCCGCCUAGCCGCGCCGCAGCCCGCGCAGCUAGCGGGGUGUUCUUUUCCCCCCCGUCGGGUAGGAGUUGGCGAAGGGGAGACUCAUGAGGGAAUACAAGGUAGUGGUGUUAGGGAGCGGAGGGGUUGGCAAAUCUGCCCUUACUGUGCAGUUUGUCACCGGGACUUUCAUUGAGAAAUAUGACCCCACCAUUGAAGAUUUCUACCGCAAAGAGAUCGAAGUGGACUCUUCGCCCUCCGUGCUCGAAAUUCUGGACACCGCAGGAACUGAGCAGUUUGCCUCCAUGAGAGAUCUCUACAUCAAAAACGGCCAAGGUUUCAUCCUGGUGUAUAGUCUGGUUAAUCAACAGUCUUUUCAGGAUAUCAAGCCCAUGAGAGAUCAGAUUGUCAGAGUGAAGAGAUAUGAAAAAGUCCCGCUAAUCCUAGUAGGAAAUAAAGUGGAUCUGGAACCAGAAAGAGAGGUUAUGUCUUCAGAAGGCAGAGCUCUGGCUCAAGAAUGGGGUUGCCCUUUCAUGGAGACAUCGGCAAAAAGUAAAUCAAUGGUGGAUGAACUUUUUGCUGAGAUCGUCAGACAAAUGAACUAUUCAUCCCUGCCUGAGAAGCAAGAUCAGUGUUGCACAACUUGCGUUGUCCAGUAAAAAAAGAUAACCUCAAUCAUGGCCAUACCGAGCAG